GAAACCGCCGUCCUUUCGAACGAAACGAUUUUACAAGUUUUAUUUUAUGAUGAGCUCUCAAACGGAAAUGGAUAUAAUAGAAGAAAAAGAAGUGACUAAAACGUGUUUUAAAUAUAGGGGACGAUUAUUUGGCAAUCUAAACAUUCUGUACAACGAGGCAAAUACGUUGUUUGUACUUUGGAAUAAAUACCAAAUAUUUCUUCACGAAGACACUAACUUUGAUAACGAGGGUAGAGUUUUCACCCCGGACUUUCAAAUACGUCGAUUGAUAGUGUCUGACAACUACAUAGUGUGCCUGGACUGGAGUGGUAACCUGCACAUCAUUUCAUUGAAAUUCAAAAAUUCUGCCCAGAAAAGAUUUAAAAGUUGUUUCCAACCACGCGACAAAGGAAUUUUGAAUUGCAUAAAAUACACGACAGAGAACACUUUAUGUUUAAAAAUGGAUUGUGACACUUAUUUCUUAUGUGUUAAUAAAAUAAAUGUAGAAUAUCAAUUAGAGAAAAAAAUUGGCUUAAAAUUGCCCAAAGAAGACUGGCCACUGAGAAAAGCUGAUCAGGAAAAAUACAUCUUAUAUUCUUAUGCAAUUAACAAUGAAAAUUAUCAGGUAAAUAAAGAAUUAUUCAAUGCUAAAGAAAAUGUAUGGAAGGAUCACAGUAUAGUGCUUAUCUCUUUUGAUAAACUAGCUGUGUAUGGUUGUCUAUUUAGCCACAGAAGUGCUGAUGAUGAAAUAGACUUAAUUAAGUUAUACACAAGCCCUAUAGAAAUCUGCGAUUUAAAAAUUAUUGAAAAGGAUGGUUUAAAUGUAAUUGUUGGAGUAACAACGGGCUCUAUAAUUCAUUUACCCUUGAAAAAUGUACAAACUUCACAUGAAGUUCAAUUGAUACAUCUGAAUUUACCGCUAUCGAAGUUCAUAACCAUUAAAUCAAAUGAGACUCUAAUUUAUACUGAUGGAAAAUCAAUGUGGAAAGCAGAAAAUCUAUUUUCAAGGGCAUAUUUGGAAUUUCAACAAUUCUUCAUCAAAGACGUGAAAGAUUUUCUAAGAUACGGAGACCAACUUGUCUGUACAACAUAUACCAAUAUGAUUUAUAUUUUUUCCUUAGAACAUGAGGAUUCAUUUCUAAAUAAUGGUGAAAGUGAAUACUGUUCUGCUGAAAUUUUGUUAAAUAAUUCAGAGUAUGUAUACCAGAUCAUGCUGGAAGGAGAGAAAAUCAAACAGCUCCAGAAAAAAACUGACAAUGAAGCAUACUACAUAACGUUAAUGUCAUUGUCAUGCAGACAAGAUCUUAUGAAUGAGGUUGUACUACAUAACACCAUCGUCUAUGAAAAAUAUGAGGAUGCCAUCAAUGAAAUUUCAGAAAUAGUUUUAACAGAAGAUUUGAGUGAAUAUUUCCAUCCCGAUUCUUUAUUUUUCCUAACAAAUAUAACACCGUGCCUACAGGAUGAAAUGUACUAUACUUUUGUUCAAAUGUUUGAGGAAUCGAUAUUACAUAUAACAUUGUUAACAGAUGAAAGAGUUUUAAAAACUACCAGUUUAAAAUUGAAUGAACCGACAAAGCAAAAUAAUAUCUUAAUACCGUUACAUAAUGCUAAAGAUAUUACACAAAUAAAUAUUGAAAUUAAACUGGUGGUCAUGGUACCAGCUGCAUUGGACGACACAAAAGACAUUUGGAUGGUUGUUUAUAGAAAAGUGGUUGCUCUAAAUACAGAACAUUUUAUUAAAACAGCUUCGACUUCUUAUUACAGUCUGAAAGAGCAGGGAAAACCUAUGGAGGAGUUAAUAAAAAAAACAGUAGAAAAUCAAUAUGGAAACUUAUUCAUAAUCACUAAUGUUACCCAGUCAUUUACCAAUACAAACAAUAUACUGUUUUAUGUCAAACUUCCGGAGGGAUUUCAGCAGAUUAUAGACAAUGGGAAUUAUUUGCGAAUGCAUCUUAGCUUACAGAAGGCGACAGCUAUACAGAACCAUUUAUCUUCAGAAGAAUUUUUGGCGUCAAGAAGUGAUAUUUCCUUUCAGAUAGGAAAUGAAAUACUGAAAUUGAGAAUAUUGAAUGAUGAUUUCAGCAAUCCACUGUUGAAGGUGUCAUGUGCGAAUUUGAAACUGGCUUUUGAUAUGAGGAAUUUCUUUGCUAGUUUGUUCUACAAUGAUUUCCAGGACUGUUUGCCUGGGAAUCAGUUUGUUAGUAGUGCAUUAUAUACUACAAUAGAGAAUAUACAAAGGGCAUUGAGAGACAGUAUCUAUGGUUCAGAAGAGCACAUUCUAACGUUAACAGAACAGUUCCAAAGAAACGUCAUAGGAGCUUUACCAAUAUGAAUAGAAUCUAAGAUUAAAUGAAAAUAAAUUAUUUUUAUUUAUAUUAUAUAUCCCCCGAAAUAAA